AUGAGUGGUGGUUGCAGAAAAGCCUUUCAAACCAUUAUUUAUAGUGUGGUAUUUGAAAAGCAUGAUGAUUGCUUCAAAUUUUCUGAUACGUAUUCAGAGUGUGUGGGAACCUAUUUGGAUGAAAGAGAAGCAUAUAUAUUUGCUAUAAAGCAAAUGUUGAAGGAAUCUCUGAUUGAGGAAGAUUCUGGAGAGGAAUUGUCAAUUCCUGGAACUAGAUUCCCGAAUCGUUCAGGUCGUGAUGAUGAUGAUCGUAUUGAAAAUGCAAUGGAAGAUGACGGGAAUGAGCACACGGGAUUCCAUGAAAACAACCAAAAUCAUCAAGAAUUGAGUAUGCUGCUUGAUAGGGUUCUUUCCAUUUCCAGAAGUAAGCAAAAUAAUGUCUCCUCUUGUACAGGCCUCUCUUCAGUCAACAUCAAUUUCAUGAACCCCCUCAUGUACAAGUUGGCCCGUCUCGAACGUUUGAAUUACUAUUGCCUGAGGAGUGAUGAAUUGAAACAGUUGCAUCAAUAUGUGCUUGAAAAGCACAUGACUCAUUUAUGUCCUUGUUUUUCGAAAAAGCCUUCCUAUCGAGUGUACAAAGUCUUUGGUUCCAUUCUCAAUGAUCAAGUGGCUCCUUUCAUUCACAAAUUUGAGCCUUUGCAAUUUUCUACUAGGAGUUUUGAAUUUCUCUCAGAUGUGCAAUGCAUGACGAAUGACAGCAACAGCAACUCUCCUAUUCAAAAAUAA